AUGGCAAAGAUCAAGAAGAAGGGCCAAUCUGGCAAUGCGAAGAACUACAUCACCCGCUCGCAGGCGGUUCGGAAACUUCAGAUCUCGUUGCCCGACUUCAGACGAUUAUGCAUUUUCAAAGGCAUAUAUCCGCGCGAACCUCGAUCGAAGAAACGAGCCUCGAAAUCCGCGACUCCCAGCACCACCUUCUACUACACCAAAGACAUCCAAUACCUACUUCACGAACCACUACUCAACAAGUUUAGAGAUCAAAAGGCACUCGCGAAAAAGAUCAGCAAAGCACUUGGGCGCAAUGAAGUCAGUGACGCAUCGCGCCUCGAGCGCAACCUCACCCCACGCAUGAAACUCGAUCACAUUAUCAAAGAACGAUACCCUACCUUCGUAGAUGCGCUUCGAGAUUUGGACGAUGCACUGUCCAUGCUAUUCCUCUUCGCAAACCUCCCCAGCACCGAACAAGUACCACCGAAGAUCAUCGCCAAGUGCCAGCGUCUGACCAUGGAGUUCGAGCAUUACCUGAUCCGCACACACAGCUUGAGGAAGUCAUUCCUGUCGAUAAAAGGCAUUUAUUACCAGGCGACCAUCCAGGGUCAGGACAUACUAUGGCUAGUCCCGUACAAGUUUGUUCAGCGAACUGCAGGAGAUGUUGACUUCAGAAUCAUGGCCACAUUCGUCGAGUUUUACACGACCCUGCUUGGAUUCGUCAACUACAGACUGUACACGAGCAUAGGGCUUGUGUAUCCUCCGAGGUUUGACGCGCAGAGUGAAGAGCAUGGGGCUGAAUUGGGAGCGUUUCAAUUGGAGGGCAAAGACGGUGUAGAGGACGAGGAGCCUGAACAACUCCCAGACGCCGAGACAAAUGAGAAGGCACAAGCAGAAGCUGACAAGCUCUUGUCGCUACCAGCGGAGGACGAUACUGCAGCACAAGAGGAGUCCGCGCAAGAAGGCGCCGACCAAAACACGUCGACUGCGCUUGAUCAAUUCGCAUCUAUUGACCCCUCAGCAGACUCUCUCCUCCAACCUUCCAUCACAGCAGAUGCAGCAUCGGCCGCGAGACUCUUCGAGCUUUUCACGGUCUACCUUUCACGAGAGACCCCUCGACAUCCUAUCGAAUUCAUCCUCAAGUCUUUUGGUUGCAAGCGCGUCGGUUGGGACACCCUAUUGGGAGAGGCUGGCUCAUACUGCAAUGAAGACGAUCCCCGCAUAACACAUCAAAUCGUCGACCGACCCGACAUCCCACUACCAUCGCCGCCUGAGACAGAUGACAACGACGAGUUCGACGACGGCUUCGACGACGGAGCACCAGUGGUGAAGACGUCAAAUGAACGAGUACCUGGACGCAUCUAUGUGCAGCCGCAGUGGGUUUGGGAUUCGAUCAACGCAGGCCAACUUCAACGACCGGAUCUGUAUGCCCCUGGUGCAACACUGCCUCCGCAUCUGAGUCCAUGGGUCAAGCCGAAGAAGGGAGACUACGACCCGACAUUAUCGCUUGCGGAGCAAGAGACUGCUGCCGAAGCAGAGGCCGAGGACGACGAGGAUGAAGAUGACGAGGAAGUCGACGAUGGUAGUGAAGGCGAAGAGGUCGACGGAGUGAGAGGGGAUCAAGAAGCGAAGGAGAUGGAGGAUGAAUUGGAUGGUAGAGAGGUCGCACAAGGCGAGGGUAUGGACGUCGAGCUCGCGGAGUCAGAUGACGAGGAAGACGAUGAAGACGAGCAGGCAGGCAUCGGCGCAGCCCCAGACGACGAAUGGGGCGGCUUCUCCGGCGACGAAGAAGGUGACGACGAAGCCGCUCGCGAAGCCCGCGAGCACCAAGCCGAGCUCGAAGCAGAAGCUCUCGGCCGCUCAGUCAUGUCCGCAGAGUCCAAGGACAAGAAGAAGUCAGAAAAGGCCGCAGCCCAAGCGAAGCGGACAGCGGCGGAAAAGGCAGCGGAAGAGGAUGUCGAGCGCAGAAAGAUGAUGAUGCCGCGCCGCAAGCGCAAGAUGUACGAGAAGAUGGUCUACUCGAACGCGCGCAAGGACGACGAGGCGGAGAAGUUGCGGGCGAAGAGGAGGAAGAUUGAGAAGAGUCUUCAAGGAGGGAAGCAGCCAAAAGCGUGA